AUGCUUGCAGAUCAGUUUCAAGUUGUGGGGGGGACUCUAUUACAGGCUAUGCUUGGAUCUCUUGACUAUCACCGCUGGCGCAACCCUGUGAAAGUCACUGUCGUGGAGAUACGCCUUAUUUCGGGCGCGGCGCACGCUAAUCUACAUCCAACCUACUAUGCUGCUUGCUUGGACGAUAACAAAAAGGGAUCAGGACGUCGUUUCCCGUUCGCAGGACUUUGUCUUGAACACAUCCACACGUGCAUUGAUGAGGAGCCCGUUGGCCCAAUGUGCUUCGUGGGUGUUGGCUUGGGUGAGGUGUCUACCUGCAACAUGGUUGUUCGGCAGGAUCGGAGGUUCGAGAAAGGUAUUAAGUUGGGCAAGUUCCACUUCGGAGGAUCUACCCACCGCGUCAUCUUCCGACCUGGCCUGACCGUGAUUCCGAUUGAGCAACAUGGUAGACCCCUGGAAGGGUCGAAGAUGCGGGUCGGCAAGGAUGUCCUCACCGUAACAGGGUAG